GAUAAAUUAGCAACACUGAAAUUUGACAGGCACAGCGACACGUACAUUUUGACCAUCUCUAAUUCCGUCUUUUUGGGUAUUCUUUCCUAUUCAAGAUGGUGAAUGUACCUAAACAACGUCGCACCCUGUGCAAAAAGUGCAAGUGCCACAAGCUGCACAAGGUAACGCAGUACAAGAAGUCCAAGGAGCGCAAGGGCGCUCAGGGCAGAAGACGUUACGACAGGAAACAGCAGGGUUUUGGUGGUCAAACUAAGCCCAUCUUCAGGAAGAAGGCUAAGACCACCAAAAAAAUUGUGCUGCGUAUGGAAUGCACCGAAUGCAAGUACCGCAAGCAGACACCCCUGAAGCGUUGCAAGCACUUCGAGUUGGGAGGCGACAAGAAGCGCAAGGGACAGAUGAUUCAGUUCUAAGCUGCCGAUCACCGAUGGUCAAUCCGCAUCUAACCCGCUCUUUUCUCUAAUGAAGUGUUUUUAAGUUGUUUUCAUCGACUGCUUUUCAUGCCGUUCCCAAAAGGUGUGCAACAAGUGGAAAAUAAAACAAAUUAGACGUAAAUUUAA